AGAAUGCAAGCUUAGUGGCCUCUGUCAUAGAUGGUAUCACUUUAAGAGGCAAGUGUUAGGUUUAGCAGCAUCACUUUCUGUAGGAGGGACUCCACAAUUAGAAUUACUGUAACAGCGGGUUUGUGAAAUGUGUAAAGUGGAUUGGAUUCGUGUCGAAGUGUUAUUGCCAAAGAUUCAAGUACCAGUGGUUAAUUACAUCAGUAUUUGUUUGUUUCGUUUCUUAAGUCUGGACGUGCUGAUAUGCAAGAACUUCAGUGUGCCACUAAAUGGACUAAACAACAUUUAAUUUCCCUGGGCAAGGACAGUAGAAAUCAAACAACGCUGCAAGUUCCUGGAUCAUUUGCAAUAAUACUGUUUUGUGAAUACCGAACUUCAUUAAGAAAAGCGAUCAUCAAAACACGAGACUAAAACGCCUGCUUUGGUCUUGUCCCUUAGAAAGUUUAUGGAACACUAAAAAACUGAUGGCUUGCUUCGUUGCAUACAAUGAGGAAAAGAAGAAGAUUUAAAUUGAUACCUCUGCUAUAUGUAGCCUUCUGCACAAUACAUAGACCUGGGCGGCAUUGCAGAACAUCUAUGAUGGCAACAUUUAAGUAACCACAAUGGAGCAGUUUGUGAACAAAUCUGGGAUCAACGCUUCCAGUCUCCUGCCGGAUUCUGAAAACCCCACAAAUGGACAGUACACCUUCGAUUCUAUUAUUGGACUAGCUGCAUUGGUUGGCUUCAUCAUUAUCUUCACUAUUGUGGGCAAUGUUUUGGUCGUUAUUGCUGUCCUAACAAGCAGGGCUUUGAGGGCACCUCAAAACCUUUUUCUGGUGUCCCUCGCUAGUGCGGACAUCCUUGUUGCGGCUUUGGUUAUGCCAUUCUCCUUAGCCAAUGAACUCAUGGGUUAUUGGUACUUUGGAAGUGUUUGGUGUGAUAUAUAUUUAGCCUUAGAUGUGCUUUUCUGCACAUCAUCUAUAGUAAAUUUGUGUGCAAUAAGCCUUGACAGAUACUGGUCAGUCACUCAGGCUGUAGAGUAUAAUUUGAGAAGAACUCCAAAAAGAAUAAAAUGUGCUAUUAUCACCGUGUGGCUGAUUUCGGCUGUAAUAUCAUUCCCACCGCUGAUUUCUAUGGACAGGAAUCCUACACAAGAUGCUUUGCCACAGUGCCAACUGAAUGACGAAACUUGGUAUAUUCUCUUGUCCUGUGUAGGGUCCUUCUUUGCCCCGUGUGUUAUCAUGGUGCUUGUUUACAUUCGGAUAUACCAAGUAGCAAAACACAGGACAAAGACAUUGGCUGAGAAAAAGUGUGGGGCAGAUGGUUCCUCUCAGACUGAAAAUGGGCUAAGCCGAGGCACAUCUCUUAAGACCAACGAGGAGAAAGAAAAUGGACACUGCUCCUCUGCGCCCAGUAAUCACAAGGCUCAAGACUUGGACGAAAUCGAUUUGGAUGAAAGCAGCAGUUCAGAUGGGAAGCGAAGAAGAGGUCGCAGGGAGACAACCAAGUCCAAAAGAGACAGAAAGAAUAGCAGCAAAUCAAAUUCCUUUUCAAAGCAAUCCAGUCGAUUGUCCAGGUCUAGUAACAAGUCAAUUGAAUUCUUUUCUACAAGAAAAAAACGCAGAAAUACGAUAUCUAGGAAAAAAGCCACCCAGGCCAGAGAGAAAAGGUUUACUUUUGUCCUGGCUGUGGUCAUGGGUGUGUUUGUAGUGUGUUGGUUCCCAUUUUUCUUCUGUUACAGUUUAUAUGGGAUUUGCAGGGAGCCAUGCGAAAUACCUGAAACUUUAUUUAAAUUCUUCUUCUGGAUUGGCUACUGUAAUAGCUCACUGAAUCCUGUAAUUUAUACUAUUUUCAACAAAGACUUCAGGAGAGCAUUUAAGAAAAUACUCUGUAAGCAAAAGAAGAGACGUUUUUAAUUGUAAUUUGGACUUCUGUUCUUUUUCACUCAGUUGUGUUUGACACUGGUUACCAUUGUGGGUCAUGGGUCACAUACUGUUGGUCACAGUGAUCCCUAACUUGGGAGCAACUUUGCGAAUUGUGAGAAUCCGUGCGCAAACCUUGCAAUGAUGUGAAGGCUACUAAACCAAGCGUUGUGUUUAACCAGUGCACACGCCAUAGGCCAAAAUACAUAACUCUGUACAUGGCUUAUAGUUAUAAUUACAGGCAGAAAGAAAGUAAUUUAAAGCGCCUUUUGCUGAAAUUUUAGAAAUGCACCUAAUUGCCAAAGUCUACGCAGGGUUGGAACAUGUAUUCUUUCUCUUUUUUUUUCAAGAAAGCAUGCAAACAGCUGGUAUAAUAACUGGUGCAUUCUACCAGCUUAAUAUUUUGGUAGGUAGGUAAUUUUGCUUAUUUCACGGCAAUGUGCUUAAUAUCAAACGGCUCACGGCUUUUUUCGCCGAAAUAUACCAUUCAAACUGUCAGCUUUUGGCACAACUGCUGAACGUUCAUAAUGGCAUCAACAUGUCAUUGUUUCCAGAGCAAGAGAGCGGCCGACACUACGUUAUUUUGAAAAAUGUAAUUCCUGGGUGGAUGCUUUAUCAGUUUCAUGAUUAUAGCAUCUGUAAUAGUUUACGCUUCUACCACCCCAAAUGGCUUAUCUUAACAGUUUAAAGGUUGCAGGUUGCGGUGAUGCUGCUGAAAAUGGUCUAGUGAGAUCAGGGCUUUAUCCGGUCAACAAAUUAAAAGUAAGAUAAAAUAUGCUAAAUGUUCUCAUCUAGGGCGAAUACGUUCGAGGUCGUGUGUGCGUGUGCGUGUGUUUGUGGCUAGCUUUGAAGUCCUCAGCAUGAAUAUCAAGUCGAAGGGCCACUGCAGAAUUAAUGGGAUUUGCGCUUCUUAAAAAAUACAGUAGACCUACCGAGUUUCCUUGAAAUUAAGCAUAAUGGAUACGACACAGGGUCUCCGGCAGAACAAAAUGAAGUCAAGGAAUACGGCAUUAGUUACCAGAGGUAGUGCCGCUUAGCAGGUAGGAAUGAGUCACAAAACCCCAGCAUGUUUCAAGAAAUUAUGAAACACUGCUUUUUUCCCCCUAAAUUCCUCACUGUAAGGGGGUAGGACGUUGCUACAAUUGUUAAGGUGUUUAUCUUACUGAAGCAAGGUGGUGCAGAGUUUGAUUCUGACAAGGGGAGAUUGGCUAGGCUCAUAGCUCUCAACCUUCCAUCUCCAAAAUGAGGAACACUCAUCUUCACAAUGUGGAACAAAUGGGCAA